CCAUGGAUAAUAGCGGCUGAGGGACGCAUUCAGCACGGGAACUACCUAAAAUUCACUUAGGCCUAAGAAUGACCAGAGGAUCACCUAAUGGACAAACCUGGGAGCGAAUCAUUCCAAUCAUAUGAAACUUCAGCAUCAGAGAGGUUCAAGGAUGAACUCAAAGAUGAACCUACUGGAGGGAAGUGUAGCACUUCUUCUGAGCUCCAGCCUUCUCUUUAUUCUCACAAGGAACAGAAACGAAGGUUGGGCUUAGUCAAUUCCAGAUUCUGUUAUCAAAGCAACUUAAAGUGGCUUCAAAUCAGAACAUGUGGCCAACGCUUGUGUGGCCUUCUUCCCUUUGUCAAUUGUCAGUUAGACACAGCCACCACACUAGAACUCACUGCAAGGUACAUGAGCUACCUGAAGGAGACUCUGCCUCCAGACACUCUGUCUAAAGUUAAUAAAGCAGUUGAGGAGAAAGUUAGCGGUUUGUGGAAAAACAAACAGAGACCACAGAAGAAACGAAGAGCAGUCAGGCUCAAGAGGAACACCUCACACAGAGCAAAGCCUGCUAUUAAGAAGUCAACAGAGGAUCAUGUCUCAAGAAGAUGCACUCAGCAGAAGAACUGUGAACAAGAAAAUCAGCCAUCUCUCACAGAAACUAAUCCUUUGACAAUGGAUCAAAUAUUUCCCACAGCUGAAGGCUUGGCCACAGUGCAUGCCCCGCCAAUACUGUUGGACAAAUCAUCUGUUCCCCGGGGACAAAUGCUGCCAGUGUGCCAGGAUCAAUUUCUUUCUGCCUCGUUUCAGUCUGUGGAAAAUAACUGGAUGAACCUGACCUCUGUGUUUAUGAACCCCACUUCAACUGCUUUCACGUCAGCAGUGGUCAGUUGCCCUUUACCACAGAUGGGACUGGGCCCACCUUUAAAUCAUAUGCUGUGGGAUGUCCCUCCUGGCCUGGUGGACGUUGGUGCUCUUGCAUCAGUGAAUUUUGGCCCAGCCUACAUCCCACCUGAACAAACAGAAACAAAUUUUGUCUUAUCCCCAGGAGAUCAAAGUCAAAUUGAUUCGCCUCUGGCUGGCCUAACUGACAGUGUUUCAGCAGUAGAUUUUACACACCAACCACUUGUCCCAUUGUUUCAAAGUGUAGCAUCAAGUUCUGAGGACCUGACACCUGAAAGUGGAAAUCAGCCAGUGCCAGAUGCUCUGUGUGAAUCCAGAGUUCUGCAGGAGAGUGACCUUCAUAGUAGUAGCCCUUUGACAGACAGUUCACAGGAUGUCAGUCCCUUUUGGCUGGAUUUGCUGUUGGAUACCAAUGGUAACUUGAGCUUUCCCGAUGCUAAUCUUGUAAACAUUGUUCUUUCACCCUACACAGGAACCAACUAACAACAUAGUUGGAGAUGUUGCUUAAUAUAUAAAGCAUAUUUGCUGUUUUGAAUGGCCAAACAUUAGAGAAACAGAUGGAAAGAUAUUGGUUAGUGUUUCUUUUUUUCAUGAUUGUCCAAAUUUUAUGAUAUCUACAAUGCAUAUGUGAGAGACAUACAGGAAGUUUUUUUUUUCUUCCUUUUUUUAAAGUCUUUCAUUGUUUGGUUAGUGCUACAUUGAUGUUGUCAUUUGUUUUGAGGAGAUCUACAUAAGUAGCUUGAUGUGCAGUACAUGUCUAUUUACUGUAGGUAGAGUCUUAAGUAUGGAAGGACAUGGUCUUCUUCAUUAUGGCUCCUAAAUUUAGCUCACUGACAGUGCCACUGAGGUCUGUGUGCUGCACAGUAUGCAGACAUGCAGACCUGAAUAAAAGCAUUCUCAUCUUUUUCUUCUGAUUGAGUAAAAGUUCAGUUAUUCCCUAUACUGUAUUAAUCUUUUGUUUUU